UUCUCUGUAGAAUGUAUGAAAAUAUUUUUUUAUCGGUUUAUCCUUUUCGAUGUUAUGACGCAAAAUCUCUCUUGCGUCCAUAAAGAAGCACUUUCUCCUAUUUUCCUAUUUAUUUUGCUUAUUUAUUCUCAUAAAAUUAUUAUUUUAAAAUUAUUUUGUAUUAUAUUUAACCAGGGCUCCGAUUCCUACUUUUUUAAAAGUAUUCUACUUUUAAAUCGACCUCCAUACUUACGAAAUUGA